UCACGUGGAAAUGAACUAUGUCCCUUUAGUAUCCGAUAUGCUAAAGAAACAUUCUGUUGAGUUUGAAAUGCAUCAAUUUGACAUGGAACACAAGAUCAGAGAAGAAAUAUCCAGCUUGCGAGAUGAACGGUAUGAGGAAUUCGGAUACAAUUACGCAAAGCACAACCCUUUCAGUUCAAUGUGCGAUUUACUGAAGGGACUAACAGACAAAUAUCGCAGAAUAUCUAAGCUUGAAAUUGCUGGAUGCACUGUCGAGAGAAGGCCUGUAUUUGCAGUUCACAUAUCGAAAACUCAAUCGAAGACAAAACCUGUCAUUUUAAUUGAAUGUGGAAUUCAUGCAAGAGAAUGGUCAGCAUUUGAAGUGUGUUUCUAUAUUAUAAGCGAGCUAUUGAAACAAAAGACAGAAAAGGUACAAAAACUUACGUCUAUGUAUGAUUUCGUUAUACUCCCUGCUUUGAACCCAGAUGGAUACGUUUACUCUUGGACAAAGGAUCGAAUGUGGCGAAAAAAUAGGUCUUGUGAUUUACCUAAAGAACAAUGCGAAAAUAUUUGCAUUGGAGUUGACAUAAACAGAAAUUUCGAUGUCAAUUUCUACGCGGACGAUUUAUUAAAGAUGCCUUGUACAGAGGACUAUCGCGGUAAAUCCCCAUUUUCUGAAAGAGAAUCCCAGGUGGUCAAGAAAAUUAUAAAAAAGCUUCAAAAUCGCUUGCUGGCCUACUUUUGCUUCCAUUCUUUCUUGUCCGUGUGGACGUUUCCUUGGGCUAAAACCAAGGAACUGCCGGAAAAUUAUGAAGAAAUGGAAAGAGUGGCCAAAGUGGCAACUGAUACUCUGCAGACGAUGUCGAAUAACACGGCGUAUAAGACUGGCAGUGCCGCGAAUAUGAUAUAUGUUGUUCCUGGUACUUCAGCGGAUUAUGCUUAUGAUGUUGGAGGGGCAAAGUAUGCUUUCAAUGUGGAGCUGAGGCAAGGAAAAGAAGAAAAGGGAGGUUUCAUCAUGAGUGAAAGUGAGAUCAUACCGUUAUGCGAAGAAACUUUUGCAGCAUUGGAAAACUGCAUACUUGCUAUGCAGCCUAAUAGAAGCUAAUUGCUUAGAAAAUAAAAUGUCUCUAAGCACAAUAAAGAUUCAAUUUUUCUUGAAAUGGGCAGGCAAGAUGAUAAAACUGCCAGUAAUUCAUUUUGAUUCGCCAAAUGCAUAAAUUUAAGGAUAUUCCGAAAUUCUCACUGUAGUGCCCUGAAGUCUGAUUUUUGAAUGUACAAAAUUGACAUUUUAAUGUAAUUCGUUAUUUAUUUUUGUAUCCAAAAUUGA